CCGCUGCCUUAAGUCCUCCGUCGAUAAAAGAACAAAAGAAACCACUCAGACCAGAGGCUCUGAGAGGAGAGAGGGAGAGAGAGAUGGGGGAUUUAUACGCUCUGGAUUUUGAUGGAGUUUUGUGUGAUAGCUGCGGAGAGAGCUCCCAAUCUGCUGUGAAGGCUGCUAAAGUGAGAUGGCCAACUCUAUUCAACGGCGUGGAUUCAGCUUUGGAGGAUUGGGUUCUUGAGCAGAUGUACAUAGUGAGACCUGUGGUGGAAACAGGGUAUGAGAACCUGCUACUAGUGAGGUUGCUGCUGGAAAUGAGGAUACCUUCUAUAAGGAAGUCCUCCGUAGCGGACGGGCUCACGGUGGAUGGGAUACUGGACAAGUGGUCGGAACUGAAGCCGGUGAUCAUGGCAGAAUGGGGUGAAGAAAGGGAUGCGCUUAUUCAUCUUUUCGGGAAGGUCAGGGAUGAAUGGAUGGACGAGGACUUGAAAACUUGGAUUGGUGCAAAUAGAUUAUAUCCAGGCGUUCCUGAUGCUCUAAGAUUUGCAAGCUCAACCAUAUACAUAGUCACCACAAAACAGAGCCGAUUCGCUGAUGCUUUGCUGCGAGAACUUGCAGGAGUGACGAUACCGCCUGAAAAGAUAUUUGGUCUUGGCAGUGGUCCAAAGGUAGAAGUAUUGAAGCAAAUUCAAAAGAAACCAGAACAUCAGGGACUGAAACUGCACUUUGUCGAAGAUCGUUUGGCAACCCUAAAGAAUGUCAUCAAAGAACCUGAAUUGGAUGGUUGGAAUUUGUAUCUAGGGAAUUGGGGGUACAAUACGCAGAAAGAGAGGGAGGAAGCAGCUACAAUUCCCAGGAUUCAGAUCGUCGAGCUUUCUGAAUUCAGUAAGAAGUUGAAGUAGCUUCUGUUCAUGCCAAUCUUGUUCCCUAUUCGGUUGGAGACUUAGACUAUUAAGUCGGAAAUUUGUAUGCAUCUUCUCUAUUUAAACUAGUUGAGAGCACUUUGUCUCCUUUCAUACAACAAAUUCAUAAAUAAAAACAGAAUUCCGAGAAA